AUGGGUUCAAAGGUAAAGGAAAUGCCACUCAAACUUUUCCAAAAGGUUGUUUAUUCAAGUAAGUCUAGUUACACAUUUGCAAAAAAACAUCCUUUUCUUUCAGGUGCUACCUUGAUCUUCUUUAUCCUAUACAUGUUCCUUUCUUACAUUUAUAAUUUCUUGGCUUACUUGUCACCUUUUCUUGCAUGUGCUAUAAUCUUUUUACAAAUCUUUUGGAGUUCCGAGCAAACUCAAUUCAAAUAUGUCAAGAAAGAUGAGGAAAAUUCACAACCAAAAAAGAUAGAAUCAAAACCAAAGAUACCAUUAGGUAGUAGACCUAGAAGGGAGCUUCUUUAUAAGUAUCCCUCACAAAAUGCUACAAGUAGAAGGAGAAAUUUUAGAGGGAAAAGAUUGGAUGUGUAUGGAGGUUUAGAAGAAAAGGCCAAGGACUUAAACGCCGCGUUUUAUAACGAAUUCACCUCGAAAAACAAGCCUCCUAGGAAGCAAGCAUCGAGAUUCGAACCGUCCAUGCGCGAAUUAGUGGAAGGUAGUUCAGAGAUAGAAACAGAGAGGAUUGAAGAGGACGAAGACGACGAAGAGAUGCAAGAGGAAAACAAGAAAGCUAUAGAAUGGACGGAAGACGAUCAAAGGAACUUCAUGGAUCUUGGAAAGUCAGAUUUGGAGAGAAACAAAAGGUUAGAGAAUCUUAUAGCUAAAAGAAAACGUAGAAAAAAUUUUAGAUUCCACCCUGACACAAAGAAGAAUGGUUUGGAUGAUAAGAAAUCAGCAAUGCCGCCAAGAAAUGUUAUUUCACCAGUGGUUGUUUCAAGAGAGAGUUAUUUUGACCAAAAUGUCCCUGGUUCUGCACCUUCGGUUAUGCCAAGAAGCCCAUAUGACAUUCCCUAUGAUCCUUAUGAGGAGAAAAUGGAUCUGAGUGGAGGUAGUUUCUCUCAAGAUUUUGUUAUUAGAGCAGAGGAGAUGCCAUCUAGUAGGCAUGGAAGCUUUAGUAGCCCUCAAAUACCUCAAGAAGAACAUGAAGCUAUGGAUCCCAACCAUGUCUAUGGUAGUGGCAGUAAUUCACACCCAAAAUUUAGACAACUUCCAGAUAAAGGAAGUCACGAUUGGUUAGUUGACCAGUUAAUGUGCACUGCUGCUGAAGCUGCAAAAAAUAGUGGAAUCAUCGAUGAUCAAACACCAAAUCCAUUGAAAACCCAAGAAGAGGAAACAACCCAAGAAGCUGAUGCAAAAAUCCAAAGCAAUAAUAACAUCACAGCAGCCAUGAAAGAUGAGAAAGCAGAAGAAAAUUGUAAUAAUUAUGAUCAAACAAAAUCCAUAGCAUCAGAUCAAACAAGAAAGCAUCUCCCCAGAUACAGCAGCAAUAAGCCUCCCGGUAGGCUCCUCUAUUUCUCCCUCCCAAAUAACUCCACCGCUACCGCAACCGCCGCCGCAGAAAAUGAAUACGAGAACUUUCCAUCUCCGCUUAGUAAGAGACAUGAAGCGAUCUUUUUCAGUGAUCGGCGGAAUAUUCUGAAUAACUGUCAUACGCCGACGUAUUCCAUAGCGUCAGAUCUACAAGUGGAGGUUUCCGAGGUCGGUUCGCUGGCGUCAACGGUUGAUGAGAACGGUGAGAGUGGUGGUGAUGAGUCAUCGUCGGCGGAGGAGUCUUCCGAUGAGAGAGAGUCGUCGGUGUUAUACGACGGGGACAUUGACAGAGAUGUUAGUUCUGGAAGUGAAGAGCUGUGGGGAGCGUCGUUCCAUGGUAAUAAACAGCAGUCACAACAAGGUGGAGUGAAUGAUAAUGGAGAUGAAAAGGAAGAUGUGAUGAUGAUGGUGGCUUCAACAUCCACUGCUGUUGGAGGAAGUGAAGCACCUCGACCAGCUUCUUCUUCUUCUUCUUCAAGUUCUUCUUCCUCAUCAGGAUCAUCACCGUCAAAGCAAUUGACACGUGGCAGGUCUAUGGAGGAUUUGUCUUACAAUGACACACAAGCACAAGUGUCUCCGCAGGAGGAGGAAUGGAGCAAUAAUAACUUGGGAGGGAAUAAUAAUUUAAUAAAUGGAGUGAUCAAUAAUUUGAAUAACUUAAUACGAGCCAAUGAGCAAUCAUCACAAAGCAAUGAAGAUCAUAGCAUGUUAUUAUCAGUUGCGAGGCAAGAAUCAAUAGAUGAAAACUUAAUCUUCUCAAUUGCAUCAUCACCAAGGUCUGUGUUACCUGAGAAGACCAUGUCAGAUGAUGUUUCAUCACCAUCAGCUUUUGAUCAACAUGAUGAGGUGCAUGCAAAUAAUAAUGCUCAUCACCAAUUAUCAACCAUGCAAGAUUUGGGACAAGAAACUUCAAACGUUGAUGAACUUCCAUUUAACACCACCGCCAUCCCACAAGCCAAUCUACCUUUGAGGGAGGAUUCAACUCAUGAAUCACAUGAUUUUCAAUUGCAAGUAUGA